AUGAGUCAGGAUCAAUUAACUCAAUCGUUUGAUGGAACUUGGGAGAGACUGUCCCAAGUCGCUGUCAAGGGUGCCGAAUAUGACUCCCGUGAACGCCAGCCCCAUCCUAAAUGUUUGAAAGGGACCCGGGUAGACCUCCUUGACUACAUCCACGAAUUAUUAGACAACCGAGAGAAGAAUCAGCUCAUUUGGCUGCAUGGCACGGCGGGCGUCGGAAAGUCUGCCGUUGCGUUCACCAUAGCUGAAAGGAUGAGAAGUCUAAAAGUGACAGAGCAGACGAAGGUCGAAAAGCGGCUCGCGGGAACAUUCUUUUUCUCUCGCAAACACACCGAACGCUGCACGACUGGUAUCCGGGCGGAUGUGAACAGAGCUAUCCGCGAGAAUCCCUCCCUUUUGGAUCCAAACAAAUCUCUUCGCGACCAGAUGGAGGCGCUGUUUCUCAAACCUCUCCGGAAGCUCGAAUUCAGACUGCGCGGGUGUGAGCCGUUGACGUUUGUCAUCGAUGCCCUUGAUGAAUGUACAUUCAACGCCGAGCUUGUUGAUCUCAUCCUUUUCCUUGCACAGGCUCUUCGCGAACCUGAUCUGCCCGUGACCCACAUUCUGCUCACAAGCCGCUCGGAAUCGCAUAUCUGUAAAGCCUUUCGGAAUGAAGAGGUGCGCCCCCUAGUGUGCGAGAUACCAGUGAAGACUUCUGGGGAAGGUGUUGCGACAAUCAUCUCGUUAGACGGCGCCGAUGUCGACAACGACAUCUGUAUUUUCCUACGACAUUCCUUUGCAGAAUUAGAAAAUCGUCAUCCCGAUUUCCCGCAGCCAUCAAGGGAUGAACUCCAGCGGCUAGCGAGCCGAGCGGGCAGACGUUUCAUCGUAGCAUCUACGAUGAUGAAGUUCAUCGACGAUGAAGACAAUGAUCCCCGUGAUCGGCUUCAGUUGAUGCUCGAGCUCACAAGCGAGCUGCUACCAGGAACUGAGGUCUAUAAGCUAUACGACUCUAUCCUGUCCACAUGUGCCAAUCCCAAGCGGGCAUACCAUCACUUGUCCAUCAUCGCUGCCCUUGUGGACCCUCUGCCAAUGUCACAAAUAUCAAAACUUCUUGGCGCUGGCCCGGGCAGGGAUGUUGAAACAUGA